UAGCUAGCUAGUUAAUGGGACACGAGCAACUUUUACAUACCCAUGCAUGUGUGCUCAACUGCUGAAACAGAAUAAAAACCCAACUGUCCAUAUGGUUCUCCAUCUCAUUUCUUCACUGGAACUUUGAUCCUAUAGGCCCAUGUUACCUAGACGAAUGAAAGUAGCAAACUCGCUGCAUAUAUAUAGCCCAUUGCGUCCUAUAAUACAUGUAGGGUACAGGGCUCCAAGUGGUCAUAUAGCAGCCACGGACGUCGUUAGCCACACGUAAACCCAGAUGUGCAAGAUGAUGAGUCCAGUGCAGCUGCCGGCCCUCCUCCUCCUCCUCAUGACACUGACCGCGCCGUCGGCUCACCGGGCGGCCGCUAGCCCCCCGGCGGACCCGGUGCAGUGCUCGUCGGGCGGCGGCACGGCCGACUGCACCUUCUCGACCGCGUACGGCGUGUUCCCGGACCGCUCCACGUGCCGGGCCGCCGCCGUGGCCUACCCUACCACCGAGGCGGAGCUGGUGCGCGCGGUGGCGAACUCCACGGCCGCCAAGACCAAGAUGAAGGUCACCACCAGGUACGCCCACAGCAUGCCGCCGCUGGCGUGCCCCGGCGCCGGCGACGGCCGGGGCCUCGCCAUCAGCACCCGGUGGCUGAACCGCGUCGUGGCCGUGGACGCGGCCCGGGCAGAGAUCACGGUGGAGAGCGGCGUCACACUGCGGGAGCUCAUCGCGGCGGCGGCGGCCGCCGGGCUCGCGCUGCCCUACGCGCCCUACUGGUGGGGGCUCACGGUGGGCGGCAUGCUCGGCACGGGCGCCCACGGCAGCUCGCUGUGGGGCAAGGGCAGCGCCGUCCACGAGUACGUCGUCGGGAUGCGCAUCGUCACGCCCGCGCCGGCCGCCGAGGGCUACGCCAGGGUGCGCGUGCUCGCGGCCGCCGACCCGGAGCUGGACGCCGCCAAGGUCUCCCUCGGCGUCCUGGGCGUCAUCUCUCAGGUGACUCUGGCGCUACAACCUCUGUUCAAGCGGUCGACGACGUUCACGGAGCGGGACGACGACGACCUCGCGGAGCAGGUGACCAAGUUCGGGUACCAGCACGAGUUCGCCGACAUCGCCUGGUACCCGGGCCACGGGCGCGCGGUGUACCGCAUGGAUGACAGGCUGCCGAUGAACGCCUCCGGCGACGGCGUGCUCGACUUCAUCGGCUUCCGCCCCACCUCGGCCGCGGUGAUCAAGGUCAACCGGCUGGCCGAGGAGGCGUCCGAGCGGGUGGGCAACGGCGGCAGCGGCGGCAAGUGCCUGACCGCGAGGGUGACCCACGCCGCGCUGUCGGUGGCCGGCUACGGGCUGGCGCGGAGGAGCGGCGGGCUGUUCACGGGGUACCCGGUGGUGGGGCGGCAGGACCGGAUGCAGGCGUCCGGCGGCUGCCUGACGGGGCCAGAGGACAAGCUCCAGACCGCCUGCGCCUGGGACCCGCGCGUGAGCGACUCCAGCUUCUUCCACCAGACCACCUUCAGCCUGCCGCUGAGCCGCGCGGGCGCGUUCGUCCAGGACGUGCAGCGGCUGCGGGACCUGAACCCGAAGGCCCUCUGUGGCCUGGAGCUCUACGACGGCAUGCUCAUCCGCUACGUCAAGUCCUCCACGGCGCACCUCGGGAAGCCGGCGGCGGCCGGGGAGUCGGCGGACAUGGUGGACUUCGACAUGACCUACUACCGCAGCCGCGACCCACGGAGGGCGCGGCUCCACGAGGACUUCCUGGAGGAGAUCGAGCAGAUGGGGCUGUUCAAGUACGGCGGCCUGCCACACUGGGGCAAGAACCGCAACCUCGCCUUCGCCGGCGCCGCGAGCAAGUACCCUGGGAUGCGCCGGUUCCUGCGCGUCAAGAGCGCCUACGACCCCGACGGCCUCUUUUCCAGCGGCUGGAGCGACAUGAUGCUCGGUGUCAGCGGCGGCGGCGCCGCGCCGACGACGGACGCGCCCGGGUGCGCGCUGGAAGGGAUGUGCGUGUGCUCGCGGGACGCGCACUGCGCGCCGGAGCAGGGCUACGUGUGCCGGCCCGGCAAGGUGUACAAGGAUGCCAGGGUCUGCACCAAAGUCUAGUCGUCCAUCUGAACUACAGAAAGAAUUAAUGGUAGAAUGGGCUAGACACAAACCACACAUUGGGUCGAAUUUGGAACCUCACCAACUGCUACUUAGAAUUCACACAAUCCCAGUUAGCAGUAACACAUACUCACGUAGCCCGGAUGCUUCGUUGUCGUACCAUACAAUCUGAUUUAAUCCUUCGUACAAAUUUACUAGGCUAAAAAACAUCUUAUAUUUUGAGGGGAGAUAGUACGCCACACAGGCGUUGCAUUUGCGUU